AUGCGGAGUGACGCCCUUCGUGUUUUGGGAAGAAGUCCCUUUGAGAACAUAGCGCCCAAGACGCGCCUGAGGCAACUGUUGCAAACUCAUCAGGGUCGAGAUAAACUGUUUAAGGUGGUGCAAUAUUUUCUUAGGUUAAGACUCUCGAUGGAUUCGGUGAAUUUCAACCUCAACUAUGUUCCGGGUGCAAAGUUCACUGCCGUCGAACGAAACUUGAUGACCAUUGUGAACGCCCGAAGGCUGUUUCGUGUGGGGCGCUUUGUUGGAGAAUUUGUCAGAAUGCGGUUGACGUUGAUCAAGUGCGCCGAACUUGUGUACAUUCCGGUUCAGGGUGGACAGUGGCUUGCCUCUUUCAUUCAAUGGCAGAUGCUGUGCGAUAUGUUUGCUCGAGCCCUUAUGUGUGUAAAGUCCUUGUGCGAAGAUAUCGCCUUUCUCACACAAAAAGGUUUUUUUAACAGCCAAGUAGCGGACCAGCUUAUUAGUGUGGCCGUUCGGUGUACGCUUCCAGUUUUUUUAAUUGAUCUCUUUCUAAACACACUCCGGUUAUUCCAGGGAAUUCUUGAUGCGUCACGGAAGUCGGAUAAAAAAGAACUUUUGCUUUCAAAAGAUUCCUUUUCGCUCUUGUCAAAGUACGACCGUGUGGAUAAGCUGCGGCGAUGUAUGAGCAGGCCCAACCCUCUGGAUAAGGGCCAAGUGGAUGAUGCAGAAGAGGAGGAGCUACGAACGGCAGAAGCGGCACAAGAAAAUGAGAUUGUGGUGAGCUCCUAUCAAGAGUUGCUCUGGAAGGAUUUUGAGUUACACUGGGUUUUUGUUACGGAGCUAAAGUUGCUUCUUGACCUUUUUGUAGCCUUGUCGAAUCUGAACCACUGGGAUAGUCUUCGGGGCCUGGUUAGUAUGGGAGGCCUAUGUUCGGGGCUUUUGUCUGUCUACAGAGUCUGGACCUAUGGACGUUGA